GAGAUGUGUUGAGAGCCAUGAAUUUGGCUGCCCCCCACCUCUCAUCUCCUUUCCUCUAAUACGUCUUUCCCAUUUCCUCUUGCUUUUCCCUUUCGCUUUAUAAACUCAUUUCCAAAACUCCCCUCCUUAUUCAUGUGAUACAAUUAUAAUACCAUACCCCCACUACUCUCUCUCUCUCUCUUUUCUCUCUUCCCCUUCCAUCAUGCUGCCACCGGAGCACGAUAGAAGCACUGCUCCUGCCGCUGCCGCCGCCGCCGCCACCACCACCACAAUCUCCCAUCCUCGCCCUGACCUCCUCAUCCAUGCCGUCCCCUCCGCCCCCGACACAUUCUCCAUUCUUCGCCAAUCACUAUUCUCUCUUACUCUUAAGUUUGAAAACAUAUCGUAUAGCAUAAAAGUCCAAACCAACAAAAGAGGGUGUUUAAGUUUAAGGAAUAACGAGUCUCAAAGCAACACUACUCGAACCAUAUUGAAUGGGGUUAGUGGCCUUGUUCGGCCUGGGGAGCUUCUCGCAAUGCUAGGCACUUCCGGCAGUGGCAAAACCACUCUUCUAACUGCCCUGGCUGCCCGUUUGCCAGGAAAAAUCUCCGGCACUAUUACCUACAACGACAAACCCUUUUCCAGCUCCAUAAAGCGCAAAAUCGGCUUCGUCUCGCAGGAUGACGUUCUCUACCCUCAUCUCAGUGUCCUCGAAACCCUUACCUACGCCGCCAUGCUCCGCCUCCCCAACAAGCUCACUUACGAGGAGAAAGUUGCUCAGACGGAGAUGAUCAUUGAGGAGCUUGGCCUGACGCGGUGCCGUAACAGUGUGAUCGGCGGCGGAAUUCUCAGGGGAAUCUCCGGCGGGGAGAGGAAACGGGUUAGUAUUGGUCACGAGAUGAUUGUGAACCCGAGCUUGCUUUUAUUGGAUGAACCUACUUCUGGACUGGACUCCACUACAGCCCAGCGGAUUGUAGCCACGUUGAGAGGACUGGCUCGUGGGGGUCGGACUCUGGUUAUGACCAUUCACCAACCUUCUACACGGUUGUAUAGGAUGUUUGAUAAAGUGGUGGUGUUGUCGGAUGGGUCACCCAUUUACAGCGGCGACGCGGUUCGGGUCAUGCCUUAUUUUGAGUCCAUUGGAUAUCUUCCCCCGUUCAACCUCAUUAAUCCUGCGGAUUUUCUCCUCGAUCUUGCCAAUGGCAUAGCGCCAGAUUCAAUUCGGGAAGACCAAGUGGAGCAUUUCCAUGGCGGAUUAUUAUUAGACCGUCAAGACGAUCAAAAUUCCAUUAAGCAAUCUCUCGUUGCUUCUUUCAGAAAGAAUCUUUACCCCCAAAUAAAGGCUCAGAUUCUUACCGAAACUAACAUCUCCACCGUAGCAAGAUCCAAUUCCUUAAAGGGGAGUAAAAACAACGAAUGGACGACAAGCUGGUGGGAGCAAUUUAAAAUAUUACUGAAAAGGGGAUUACGGGAAAGGAGACACGAAUCAUAUUCAGGGCUGAGGAUUUUUCAAGUGAUGUCAGUUUCAUUUCUUUCAGGACUUUUAUGGUGGCAUUCAGAUCCUUCACACAUACAAGAUCAAGUUGGGUUAAUCUUCUUCUUCUCAAUCUUCUGGGGUUUCUUCCCAUUAUUCAACGCCAUAUUCGCAUUUCCAUUAGAACGACCAAUGCUAAACAAAGAACGCUCCUCUGGAAUGUACCGUCUGUCAUCUUAUUACAUGGCUCGAACCGCAGGGGAUUUACCAAUGGAGUUAGUUCUUCCCACCGUUUUCGUGACGGUUACAUAUUGGAUGGGAGGUCUUAACCCUUCAAUGAUCACAUUUCUGCUCACGCUUUUGAUUGUUCUGUUGAACGUUUUGGUGUCACAGGGCCUCGGUUUGGCUCUGGGCGCCAUCUUAAUGGAGGUGAAACAGGCAACCACACUUGCAUCAGUUACUAUGCUAGUGUUUCUUCUGGUGGGUGGGUACUACAUUGAACACAUUCCUCUAUUUAUUUCAUGGCUCAAGUACGUGUCUUUCAGCCAUUACUGCUACAAGCUUAUUGUGGAAACUCAGUACCAUUCUUUAAAUGAAGUGUAUCACUGUGGCGGAUCCUUUGGUUACUGUAAAGUGGGGGAUUUUCCUGCUGUUAAAUGCUUGGGGAUUGGGAAUCAUAGUCUAUGGUGGGAUGUGACUGCUUUGUUUUUCAUGUUGGUUGGGUAUAGGAUUUUGGCUUUUCUUGCUUUGAAAAUGGGACAUCCUUGUUGAUUUUUCACUUUUCUUAAGUCAUUACGAUAGAUAGUGGCUUAUCCAAAAAUCAUAUGUAGAGCACAAGGGACAUAGUUACUAUACCAAAGACAGAAUAUAAUAAAAAAAUCCAUUUUUAAGAUA